GUUUAUCAGAGGGUCGUCCCCAGCCGCACAAUCGGACUUCCUUCCCACACCCCACACCCAUCAUCGGCUUGAAAAGGGCUUCCUCUCUCAUCACUUCCCACACCCUGUACUUUACGGUCGAGUUUACUCUAGCCAGUCUUCUUCCACCAUGGCCUCCUCGGAAGCCAACUUGCCUCCCUGCCAAGUAUUGCUGCGAUCCAAACAUGGGAUCGAGGUCUUUCAGGUCUCUUCCAAUCGAGACGAUGUGAUGGAACCACGGUCAGGAGAGCGUCAGUUUCUCGUCAAGGGUGGGACUGCCUAUCAGACCAUGGCUCCCGAUGGCAGCUGUGCCUUUGUCUUGAUGACGGGCCAUGGUGUGGUACGAGUGCCACUGACAGGAGCUCCACCACAAGAACCCAUUACCAAGAGUUCUCCCACCUUUUUGGCCAACAGUUCUACCAUUCAAAUGAUGGAGAUAAGUCCCAUGGGCUCCUACUUGGUCACAUGGCAACGCGUCACGGAGAGUGAACCCAACAAUCUCAAAGUAUGGUGUGCGUCUACGGGAGAAUUCUUGAUUGGCUUUCCUCAAAAGGGCUUGAAACGAGAAGCAUGGCCGUAUGUCCAGUGGACGGCCGAUGAAGUCUUUGCCAUGCACAUGACGACCAAUGAAGUACGCAUCUUUCCAGGAGAUGCCUUUGCCAAGGACAAGCAAGAAGCACGCUAUGUCGAAAAGGCACGGGCUCCUGGAGUCACUUCCAUGAGUGUUCCCAGACAGAGAGGAGGAGCAUUGGCGUCGACACCCUACCGAUUCACCACCUUUUGUCCGGGAGACAAGAACAAACCUGCCAAAGCAACACUGCACGAAUACGACGCCAAUAAUACACAUACCGUUCUCAUGUCCAAAUCACUCUUCCAAGCCGAAGACAUGAAAACAAACUGGAGUCCCAAUGGCAAUAUUGCCUUGAUUACACUACAAACCAGUGUGGAUGCCUCGGGAAAGUCCUAUUAUGGAUCCGCCACUCUCUUUCUGUUGGGAAGUGACAAUGAUGCCAAGGCAGUGCCCCUGCCACAAGAUGGACCCGUCAUGGAUGUCUCGUGGAUGCCCAAUGCCACCAAAUCACCCUGCUUUGUCGUCAUUGCCGGUCGAAUGCCCGCCAUGGCUUCCAUGCAUCACGGGUUGACGGCCGAACCACUCUUUUUGUUUGGAAAUGCCCAUCGCAACACCAUUUCCUGGGCACCGCAUGGUCGCUUUGUCUGUGUGGCAGGAUUUGGCAACUUGGCCGGUGGCAUGAGUUUCUGGGAUCGCAACAAACUCAAAUUGAUCCCUCCCACGGGACAGAAUACCGCCAGUUGUACCGUGGGAUUUGGAUGGUCCCCCGAUUCCAGACUCUUUGGAGUCUCCACCACCACACCACGCAUGAAUGUCGACAAUGGAUAUAGACUCUUUCGAUACAAUGGAGAACAAAUUACCAAUGUUCCCUGGACCAAUGAGAAUUACCUUCCCGACAAACUGCUGGAAGCUUGCUUUGUACCCGCGCUGCCCACGGUGUAUCCCGAUCGACCACAAAGUCCGACUCUGAAAGCCGAGGCAGCCGCCCCUGCGGCUGCGGCACCCGAUGCCAAACCGGCCGGUCGGUACAUUCCUCCAUCGCAACGAGGCAAACAAACGGGUGGCAAGUCGCUGGCAGAACGAAUGCAAAAGCAAAAGGAAACACAAAUGAAGGGUGCUCAAGUUGUAGCUGGACAACCCAAAAAGGCCGUUUCGGCCGCCACGGGAAAAGUCAUUCCAGGAUUGGUAGUGGCACCCAAUGAUGGCAAAACCAAGUCGGCCAUGAAACGAGAAAAGCAAAAACUCGCCAAACAACGCAAAGCCGAAGAAGAAGAAGCCAAGAAACAACAAGAGGAAGCUGCUGCUCCUCCCGCCGAAGCUGUCGAUCCGGAAAAGAGAGCCCGCAAGAUAAAAAAGACGCUCAAACAGAUUGACGAUCUCAAGCAGAAAGAUCCGGGGGCACUGAAUGAAGAUCAGCAGAAUAAGAUAGCCUCAGAAGCCAGUCUAAGAGAAGAACUGGCAUCGUUGGGGGUCUGACUAAAGUGAUACACUAAAAAUAAACAGUAAGGUUGUAUGCAUUAUUCAACUGGUACACUUCUUAUUUGUUUCUCAUCAAGCGUGCUCUUUAGGAUUGGAUGAAAGGAAAUGUACAUGGUUGGUUUGAAAGUUUUAUUUGUAGUUGCCAUGCCUUAGCUCUUUUUUAAAAUUAAGGAGACAGCUUUCCAAUGACUUUCAUCGCUAAUUGUCCCCGACUUUCAUCAA